AUUAUGCUUAUAAAAAAAUAAAAAAAAUAAAAAUAAUAAUAAUAAUAAUAAAAUUAAGGUCCGUAACAGGAAAAGCUGCCGAUGAAAACCUGAGUUUCACAGGAACUCGUAGUACAGAGUAGAUCCAUAUGAAGUUCGAACAUAUUGCAUUGUAGGUAGUUUGGGAGAUAUCCGGAAAUAAGUGAAUAAAUAUGUAAUAACGGAUAAGCAUAACUGUUUGUAAAAACUCAAUCUUCCUAACCUUCAACGUGUUGUCAGAAAAUAAAAUAUGCAUUUUACUCAACUGCGUUUACCCACUCCAGUCAGCAAAAAGCAAUGUGGGGCUUUAAGGUAAUGCUGCUAGUGUGACGUAUAAACUAGUGGACGGAACGCUUCUUUCAUCAGCAACAAUAGUCAGCCAGACACCUCUGUAGCUUGCUGGACACAAUAGACGAACCAAUAAAGCUCUUUAGACGCUUUAGUGUAUAUUAGCCACUGUGUUUUAAACCCACGUCUGUCGUCUAGUUAGUUAUCCGAUUUAAUUUCAUAUUUACGCUGUUAUUAGUCAGCUAGAGGGCUGAUUAAGUUAGGAUUAGCCUAGCUAGCUAACAUCUCCGACCAUGAGUUCACUAAGCUACUCUCCUCCUGAUAAAGAAGAGUUCUGCUGGACGGAGAAAGAGGUUCUCGUGAAAGAGGAAGAGGAAGAGGAGGCUGUUACAAUACAAGUAGAGGGUGAGGCUGUUACCGUGAAAGAAGAAGAGAAAGACGUUACAGUGAAAGAAGAGGAAGACGCGUUCAGAGUGAAAGAAGAGGAGGAAGAGAAAGAGGAGGAUACAGUUUUUGGAGUGAAAGAGGAGGAAGGGGAGAUGACUGUUACGUUGAAAAAGGAGGAGGAGGAGGAAGAAGAGGGGGAAACUGGAUAUCUGGGCCCCGUUUCCCAAAGUUAUCUUAAGGCAUCCAAUGGUUCUAACGAUGAAGUUAGCUGUGAGAUGCUUUUGGGAAACCGGACCCUGAUUAACACUAGAUCAGUGUCCCGAAAUCUGGACAGUUGCUGCUCUGAAGGAGAGAGACGGGACUAUCGUGGAUCCUCUGGGGAGCCUCAACAACAUCAUGAAGCUGCUGAGGCAGGGAAGAGUCUCUCCAGAUCAGAACGUCUCAAAAAACACCGGCAGGGUCUCACAGGGAAGAAAUCUCACCGCUGCUCUGACUGUGGGAAGAGUUACUCAAGAUCAGAUUCACUACAACUUCACCUGAGAAUUCACACAGGAGAGAAUUCUCACUGCUGCUCUGACUGUGGGAAGAGAUUCACCUCUUCAGCAGGCCUUAAAAAACAUUUGAGAAUACACACCGCAGAGAAACCCUAUAGCUGUGAUCAAUGUGGGAAGAGUUUUUCUCGUACAAGUAAUCUGAAAGCACACCAGAGAACACACACCGCAGAGAAACCCUAUAGUUGUGAUCAAUGUGGGAAGAGUUUUUCUCGUACAAGUAAUCUGAAAGCACACCAGAGAACACACACCGCAGAGAAACCCUAUAGCUGUGAUCAAUGUGGGAAGAGUUUUUCUUCGUCUAGCCAUCUGACUUCACACCAGAGAAUACACACAGGAGAGAAACCUCAUCACUGCUUUGACUGUGGAAAGAGUUACUCAACAUCAGAUUCACUGAAAGUGCACCAGAGAAUACAAACUAGAGAGAAAUCUUACAGCUGUUAUCAGUGUGGGAAGAAUUUUACAACAUCUGGCCAUCUGACCAUACACCAGAGAAUACACACAGGAGAGAAGCCUUAUAGCUGUGAUCACUGUGGGAAGAGUUUUAAUACAUCUAGCAAGCUGACUAUACACCAGAGAACACACACAGGGGAGAGACCUUACCACUGCUCUGACUGUGGAAAGAGUUUUGUUGUCUCAGGACAUUUAAUAUCACACAAGAGAACACACACAGGAGAGAAGCCUUAUAGCUGUAAUCAAUGUGGGAAGAAUUUUUCUCGCUCAGGCAACCUGAUAACACACCUGAGAAUACACACUGGAGAGAAACCUCAUUGCUGCUCUGACUGUGGGAAAAGAUUCAUCUUUUUAGCAGAUCUUAAAACACAUCAGAGAAUCCAUACAGGAGAAAAACCUUACCACUGCUCUGACUGUGGAAAGAGUUUUGUUUCAUCAAGACAGUUAAAAGCACACCAGAGAACACACACAGGAGAGAAGCCUUAUAGCUGUGAUCAAUGUGGGAAAAGUUUUGUUACAUCUAGCAGCCUGAAAACACACCAGAGAACACACACAGGAGAGAAGCCUUAUAGCUGUGAUCAAUGUGGGAAGAGUUUUGUUACAUAUGGCAGCCUGAAAACACACCAGAGAACACACACAGGAGAGAAGCCUUAUAGCUGUGAUCAAUGUGGGAAGAGUUUUGUUGCAUAUGGCAGCCUGAAAAAACACCAGAGAACACACACAGGAGAGAAACCUCAUAGCUGUGAUCAAUGUGACAAGAGAUACUCUGAUAAAAGGUGUCUGAUCAAACAUCAGAAAAUGCAUACAUGAAGAAGUUGUUUCAUGAUAUCAAUGAAAUGAUGUCACAAUGUAGAAUGUUUUAACAUUGUAGAAGGAGUAUUUUAAUGAUGUCACAAUGUAGAAUGUUUUAACAUUGUAGUAGGAGUAUUUUAAUGAUGUCACAAUGUAGAAUGUUUUAACAUUGUAGUAGGGAGUAUUUUAAUGAUGUCACAAUGUAGAAUGUUUUAACAUUGUAGAAGGAGUAUUUUAAUGAUGUCACAAUGUAGAAUGUUUUAACAUUGUAGAAUGAGUAUUUUAAUGAUGUUCUACCUUAUCUUUUGCCCUGUUCAAUUGAUUGCAGUAUGAUAUGGAUAUUAGCCUCAGGGGAAAAUCCAGGCUCUGAAUUGAAAGAGUAUUAUUUAACAAAAAGUGACUAACAAAAAAAGAGCUGUGUUACACUUACUGUGUUGGUGACCCACUUUAAUCAAAAUGCAGCACUUCAAAAUGUAGCUAGCUGUUUUCUACAAGUUGAAAAAGCUGCUUGUUUAAAAAAAUACAUGUAAUAUGAUAAUUGUUGCAGAUGUUUGUGUAUAUACACACAUGAAAGCAGUAUAAUAAAUUGGUCUAUAAUCAAUUUUAUUAACAAUC